CUCUCAAAGCACCAAAAAAAACCCUAGUUUUGAAUGGAAUCGGCUGAUUCCGGAUCACAACGAUCCGAUCCGGUAAAAGGAGACGACACGGGUCCAUCUUUCGUCUCUUCGCCACCGGCUACUCCUAGCAGGUAUGAGUCACAGAAGCGACGUGACUGGAACACUUUCUUGCAGUACCUCAAGAACCACAAGCCGCCUCUCGCGUUGUCACGUUGUAGCGGAGCGCACGUGAUCGAAUUCCUCAAGUACCUCGACCAAUUCGGUAAGACCAAAGUCCACGUGGCGGCUUGUCCUUACUUCGGCCAUCAGCAACCUCCGUCUCCUUGCUCAUGCCCUCUCAAGCAAGCUUGGGGAUCUCUCGAUGCUCUGAUCGGACGGUUGAGAGCUGCCUACGAGGAGAACGGUGGACGGCCGGAUUCAAACCCGUUCGCCGCACGUGCGGUCAGGAUUUACUUAAGGGAAGUCAGAGAGAGUCAGGCCAAGGCUCGAGGGAUUCCUUACGAGAAAAAGAAACGGAAACGGCCGCCAACUGUCACCACCGUUAGAGUUGACGUCGCUUCUUCGAUACAAAGUGACGGAGACGAUUGUAACGUCGGUGCUCCAUCUGUUGCCGAGGCCGUAACGCCUUAGAUCGAAUUAUAUAUUAUAGUUUUCUUGAUUAAUUAAUGAUAUAUACUUAU